AUGACGGCACCCCCUCCGCCAUCGGGCAGCGCGCAAGCCCACCCCCUACGACCAUACUAUCAACCGCCCGAAGACUCUGUCUUCAUCGCGACCGCUCCGCGCUUCAGCACCACAGGCACACCCAAGCCACCCGUCACCACCUCUUCCACUCCCUUCAAUGCCGCUAUCGCACCUAAGCAAUCGAACCGCUACACAUCCUCCGAUGCCAAACCAUACGUGGCCACCACGCCGUCCGCCGCCCUCGGCGAAGCGGACGCUAGCAUCGGGGACAUCCUCCGCGCGCUCGUCAUCAGCGGCGCCCUCCAAUACACGAGCACGUGCCUCGCGAUGCCGUUCGAGGUGGGCAAGCUGUUGCUGCAGGUGCAGUGGGUGCCGCGCGACGAUGUGUGGCUGUCCAUCACCCAACAGGCUGCGUUGACGCAGCGACGCAGUCUUCCCAAACAGACGAAGGCGCCGACAGACGAGACGGCGGCGGAGGGGUGGGAGGCAGACGUGACGCCCGAGACGAACGAGUGGAACGACGAGGCGGACGCGCAGGAGGAAGGCGAUGAAUUACUGGAGGCGGAUCUGUCGGACGAGGAGGAUGCAGAUGCGUACUUCCGCGAUGCCACCACCCGACCCCCUCGAACCGACACAUCUCUCUACUCGGGUCGUAAGAAGCGUCGUCCCGUCGACGCGGCCGGCUAUGUGAUGCGCAAGAGCGUCUACGACCAAGGUGCGCGACCCGAGUUCGUCAUGCCCGUCGUCGUCCGCGGUGGCGUGUGGGAGAUGAUGAAAGCGGUCGGUCGAGGCAAGGAAGGCUGGCUUGGAUUGUGGAAAGGUUCGCUGACAUCGUUCGUCCUCGAAGUGACCUCGUCGACCGUUCAACCCAUCAUCUCGUCCAUCCUCUCCCUCUUCGCACCCACAGCGCUCUCCCCGCUCCCGCUCGCAUACGCACCGUACCCGUACAAGACGCUAGGUCUGCUGCUCUCCUCGCACCUGCUCACCGGAAUCCUCGUCUCACCUUUGGACCUCGUCCGAACACGCCUUAUCGCACAAUCCACCCUUCCCACACACCGCAAGUACUCCGGGCCGUACGAUGCGCUUCGCAAGAUCCUUCGCGAAGAAGGUGGGUGGCGCACCGCCUACCUGCACGCCAACCUGCUCAUCCCGACCAUCCUCGACUUCACCCUGCGCCCGCUGCUGUCGCUCGGUGCACCAUUGUUGAUCGAGCACACGCUGCGGUUGGAGCCCAACGCGCACCCGAUUAGCUACGCCGUGGCGGAGCUGGCCUUGUCGACCGCGGCACUGUGUGUCACGCUGCCGAUCGAGACGGUGAGGCGGCGGUUGCAGUUGCAGGUGCGCAGGCCAGCCGGCGCUAUGGAGGAGAAGAGCGAGAAGAGGGUCACCAGUGCGACGCUGCAUGGUGGGGUGAGUUUGACAAGCGCUAAUGUGGGUGUGAGGGGGUUGAGGACGUGCGUAGAGACAAGGCCGAUAGCAUACGUCGGUGUGGUCGAGGCAAUUUACCGGAUCGUGACGGAGGAGACCGUUGCGACGCACACAAGGGCGGUGCCAAAGACGGACGCGGCUGAUUCGGAGGCGACGGGCGGCACGGCGCCCGAAGAAGGGUCGAAGGGCAUGGCUCAGUCCGGCAUUCUGGCCGCCAAGACGGGCCACUCGUCGCUUGGCGGAUUGCGCUCGCUGUACAGGGGUUUCGGGAUGGCGUUCAGCGCCAAUCUCGUCGUCUUCAUGUUGACGCUGGUGAGCGGGGAGCGUGCUGGGCCUGCUGGUUGGGCCGAGAUUUAG